CACACUAAUCUGACAGCUUCAUCUCACUAACCAGACACAAAAAGCCAUGGUCAACCACAGCUCCCCAGUGGGCUUCUUCCUGCUGGGCUUCUCUGAACACCCACAACUGGAAAAGAUUCUCUUUGUGGUUGUCUUGUGUUCCUACCUUCUCACACUCCUAGGAAACACACUCAUCCUCCUGCUGUCCACACUGGACCCCAGGCUCCACUCUCCAAUGUACUUCUUCCUCUCAAACCUCUCCUUCUUGGACCUCUGCUUCACCACAACCUGUGUGCCCCAGAUGCUGGUCAACCUCUGGGGACCCACAAAGACCAUCAGCUUCCUGGGAUGCUCUGUCCAGCUCUUCAUCUUCAUGCUUCUGGGGACCACCGAGUGUAUCCUCCUGACAGUGAUGGCCUUUGACCGCUAUGUGGCAGUCUGCCAGCCCCUGCACUAUGCCACCAUCAUCCACCCCCGCCUGUGUCGGCAGCUGGCAGCUGUGGCCUGGGCUAUAGGUUUGGCUCAAUCCAUAGUUCAGGUACCACCCACCCUCCGCCUGCCAUUCUGUCCCCAUAGACAGAUAGAUGACUUUCUAUGUGAAGUCCCAUCUCUAAUUCGACUCUCCUGUGGGGACACUACUUUUAAUGAGAUUCAGUUGGCAGUUGCAGGUGUCAUCUUUCUGCUUGUGCCUCUGAGUCUCAUCCUUGUCUCUUAUGGUGCUAUCGCCAGGGCAGUGCUGAGGACUAACACUUCAAAAGGACGCAGGAAAGCUUUUGGGACCUGCUCCUCCCACCUCAUCGUGGUCACCCUCUUCUACAGCUCAGUCAUUGCUGUCUAUCUGCAGCCCAAAAAUCCCUAUGCCCAAGAGAGGGGCAAGUUCUUUGGUCUCUUCUAUGCAGUGGGCACUCCUUCUCUUAACCCUCUUGUAUACACCCUGAGGAACAAGGAGGUCAAGAGGGCAUUCUGGAGGCUGCUGGGAAAGGAUAGGGACUCUGGGGAGAGCUGAGGGAGAAAUACUUGUGUGCU